AUCAACCACAGCAACCAAAGCUGCCGCAGCAAACAAGACCACAGGUAUUUCUUCAGUACUUUAGGCAACAGGUCCAGCCUCAGCUCGAACGAAAACCUCAAAUGUAUCCACGAGGAUUUCCAGAGUUCCAGUCUCCCGAAAAACCAGAGGUCUCUGAACCGCAACAACCACAUCAACAAUAUCAACCGCAGCCAUAUAAACCACAGCAACCACAUCAACAGUAUCAGCCACAGCAGCCAUAUCAACCACAGCAGCCACAGCAGCCAUAUCAACCACAGCAGCCAUAUCAACCACAGCAGCCACAGCAGCCACAGCAGCCAUAUCAACCACAGCAGCCACAGCAGCCACAGCAGCCAUAUCAACCACAGCAGCCACAGCAGCCAUAUCAACCACAGCAACCACAGGCGCCUUCCAAACACCAGCAAAGUGUGUCAGUGCAGCCUUCUACCCAGAGUUGUGAUGUAGCAGGGAGCCAUAGAGUCCCAUGUGGAGGUUCUGAUAUCUCUGCUGCUGCAUGUGAAGCAAAUAGCUGCUGCUUUGAUGGCCGACAGUGCUAUUUUGGAAAAGCAGUGACUGUCCAGUGCACCAAGGAUGCUCAGUUCAUCGUUGUCGUGGCCAGAGAUGCCACUCUGCCCAACAUUGACCUUGAGUCAAUCUCACUGUUGGGACAAGGUCAAGGCUGUACUCAUGUUGACUCUAACUCAGAGUUUGCUAUCUACCAAUUUCCUGUUUCUUCAUGUGGCACUGUUGUUAUGGAGGAGCCUGGUGUUAUAAUCUAUGAGAACAGGAUGUCUUCCUCAUUUGAAGUGGCAGUUGGGUCUCGUGGAGCCAUUACCAGGGAUAGCCACUAUCAAUUGCUCUUCCAGUGUAGGUACAUCGGCACCUCUGUUGAAACGUUGGUUGUAGAAGUACCAAUACAAGAUCCUCCUCUACCAGUUGCUGCUCUGGGACCCAUCACAGUACACCUGAGGUUGGCUAACGGACAAUGUAAUACAAAGGGUUGUAAUGAAGUGGAUGCGGCCUAUAGCUCUUUCUACACGGAGGGAGACUAUCCUGUGACCAAAGUACUGAGAGACCCUGUUUAUGUGGAGGUUCAACUUCUGGAAAAGACAGAUCCCCUCCUUGUCCUUACUCUUGGUCGCUGUUGGACAACAACAAGCCCCAACCCUCAUAGUCUGCCACAGUGGGACAUUCUGACAAACGGGUGUCCAUACAGGGAUGAUCGCUACUUGUCCUCACUGGUUCCAGUCGGUCCCUCCUCUGGUGUGGACUUCCCAAGUCAUUACAGGCGUUUCAUCUUCAAAAUGUUCACCUUUGUGGACACCAAUUCAAUGGACCCCCUGAGGCAACAGGUGUACAUUCACUGCAGCACAGCUGUGUGCGAUGCUAAACCAGGUGCCAACUGUGAACCAUCAUGCUACAGAAAGAAGAGAGAUGUCAAGGCUGUGGAGCAGAGGAAGGAGCCAAUGGUUGUGGUUUCUACUGGACCAGUGACCAUGAACGCUCCUGGGGAGUAAACAGCAGUGUCAAGCUCAAGAAUUUGGCUGAGAAUUGGCUGAGAUGUAUUAAAUGAUUUGGAACAUUAACAUGGCUCAGUUAUUAGUGAUACAAAUAAAACAAGACAAUGUAUGUAUUUGUAAUGUAAUGUUUGCAUUCAGAAAAACAGUCUAUAAAAACUUACAGGUUAUUAAUCUUACUAAUGCAAUCCAAUACAAUACAAAAUAAGUUCCCCUGUAUAAAUCAUUUAUCUACUAGGUUCAGUUUUUUAGACACUAUUAGUCAUUGAGGUGCCGACUAAACUGGUGAUGAUUAAGGUUGUAUUUAGUAGUGAGGUUGUAUUGGUUUGCUUUGUAUUAAAAUAUUUCCAUUGUUUAGUUAGCUCUCCUUUAUAGGAGGCAAACCGAAUAACAGAAACAUCUCUCAAUAAAAUCCAUUUCAGCAACUAACUACAGCAUCAAAAACAGCUAUAGUUAAGCAACUCUUGCCUGACACAGGCCAACAAAAACUGUAAUUUGAAAUACAUUUUAAUCUCACAAAGCAUAGUGUUGGGCUGGACUAUAUAGUAGUACUGUAUUGGUAAAUAAGGAUUUGAAAUUAAACAUAAUACUUUGCUUGAAAGGGUUUAGAAAUGCUCAGAAGAUGCAAUUGAUUGGUUGUAACAGUAGUGCAAAUCAGUGAAAUGUUAAUAAACAUGGACUGCUGGUAUCAAUACUGGAUUUU